UAGUUAUCAUUCAAUGACGAAUGACAGCCUCGAGGAUAUUCCAGCUAAUGGCCUUGGCAAACGUCAGGAACCAGCCAAUCAUUCCCGGACGGACUGGUGGGGGACGAACGGAUUCCAGGCGGCGUUCAGUUGCGACCGAGGUCACAGGUGGCCGCUAUUAAUGAGACUCUGGAGUCAAAUACCUUGAGCUAAAGUUCAAGCCCUCCUCCUCCACAAACGUCAAGUCAUUGACUGCUCAUGCACCACCGCAGCCUGCCGCGCCCCUUCACGGCCUUCCGUCUUGCUCGAGCUGCCGCGCCUUUUUCAAGCACGCCAAUCGCUUUACUCGAGCAUCCGGAGGCAUUGAAGCGCCUGCACUGAGGCGAGGUGGCUCAAUGUCGAACCCCUCCUAAACACACGACCCUCGACAACCGACCGAUACAUGAUCCCUCCUCCUCUUCCUCGUACCGACCACGACAAUGUCCCACCCCAAAGCGAGCGGCGAAGGCGCAGACGUACCUGACGCUGGUCUGCGCAGUCUCGACCAUUACAAGAGAGCGCUUCCCAAAUGGCGUUAUGCUGUGCGCCAGAGUGCACUCCCUCUGAUACGAUGGGAGACACCAUAUCUGGCAUGGAUGCAGCAUAACCUACGCACGCCGGCGCUGGACAGCUACUUUGCCAUCACGGCGAACCUGGGGACGCACACGUUCUUCAUGAUCGGGUUGCCGAUUCUCUUCUGGUGUGGUUAUCCGGCGUUUGGGAAGGGUCUUGUGCAUAUCCUGGCUCUUGGGGUGUUUUGGACAGGCUUCAUCAAGGACUUUUACUCGCUUCCCCGACCUCUGUCGCCGCCUUUACAUCGCAUCACCAUGUCUGGCUCCGCAGCCCUGGAAUAUGGGUUUCCCUCGACGCACAGCGCCAACGCAGUCUCGGUGGCUGUCUAUGGCUUGUUGUUGCUCAAGGACCCGGAGAAUGCGCUGCCGCCAACGACCAGGUUUUGUCUAGAGAUCCUCGCUUACUUUUAUGCCGUCUCGAUUGUGUUUGGGAGGCUGUACUGCGGAAUGCAUGGGUUCCUUGACGUGAUCAUUGGUUCGAUACUAGGAGCAGUCAUCUCACUCGUCGAGUUUUAUUACGGCCCGCCACUGGAUGAGUACAUGCACUCGAGCUCAUGGAUUGCGCCGUUCAUUGCCGGGUUGGUAAUUUUAAUCCUCGUCCGGAUACACCCCGAGCCCGCAGACGACUGUCCCUGCUUUGACGACAGUGUAGCGUUUGCCGGCGUGGUAAUUGGCCUUGAGAUCGGAACAUGGACAUACGGUCGCAUCCCAAUGGACCCUUGGGAGACGCACGCUCACGGCCGUAGCACUGUCGAUAUCACCCCGCUCGGUUUGCUCACCAACGUGGCGAGAAUUGUCAUCGGAGUCCUCAUCGUCUUUCUCUGGCGUGAAUCCAUGAAGCCCAUCCUCCUCGAGACCCUCCCAUCGCUUUUUCGACUCAUCGAGACAGCAGGGUGGAGUCUGCCCAGGAGAUUUUUCACGCCGGCGAGUGAGUACAAAUCUGUCCCACCUGGAUCGAAGCUGGACACCAUGUUCCCGGCCGCGUCCGACUUUCCACGCAUGGUAGAGAGCAUUCGCCACCCAACAACCCGCGGACGAUCCGUGUCCAUCGGCCCACAGUCCGCGGCCGAUGCGUACGAGGCGUUGGCUUACCGAGAGCGCAAGAGACGGGAGAGCCUGAGCAGCAAUCCAAGUCUGAGAAGCAAGAACAGCAACAUGGAGCUGAAAAGCACCAAGGAAGAAGGCCCUUCUGAAUGUGCACAAACGUCUGGCGCGCAACAGUCGUCGUUGCAACAGUACAAGGCACAGAUGGGCGACGUCGCCGAGACGGAUGCUGCUGGAGGGCCACAAGGGCAGAAUGGUCAUGCACAGGCGCAUGCCGUCGUCGAUGGGCAUGAUGAGACUGAUGAGGAAAAGAUGUUCUCGCUGCUGGUGCGGCCUCGUGUGAGGUAUGAUGUCGAGGUCGUCACCAAACUUGUCGUUUACGCAGGCAUUGCGUGGUUCGCAACAGCGGGCAUCCCCAUCAUUUUCGAGUUGAUAGGCAUGGGGACGAACCAUCUCUCAGAGGAGCUCUGAGCAGUGGUGGAUGGGGUGUGUUUCUUGUGUAUACAUCUUCCUUCAACCGUAUAUAUUCUUCCUGCGUGGUCGUGCGGCGUGACCUAUAAGAGACAUGAAUUAUGAUAGACUCGGCGACACCUUGGCUAUUGAAGCGAAGAAGGAAUUAAUAUGACUAGUGGUAGUAAUUGACACACUUGAUCUACA